CUUUCUAUUCCUCACAAACUGCUAAUAAAAUGGGCUUGUAUAAACUGUACAGCUGUAAUGUAGAAAUACAGUACAAAAGUUGGUUCCUUUCGAAAGCUAUGUUGUUUACAGUAAUUACUACGGUGUUAAAUAUAAUUUUACCAUUUUUUGUGGCUUAUAGAAGUAGAGGGUUUUGGUUGAAGUCUCAAACUUAUUAUGAACAACCAACUAUACAGUUUACGUAUGACUAUUUAUUACUAGCAGAGACAGUAGAUCCUAGCCAACCUAUAAUAUGUGCAGAAACUUCAAUAUUAAACGAAGAAAUUUCCAAUGAAGAAAACUGUGCUGGCAUGCAAGUGCAGGAGUAUGAUUAUAAUGGAGAUGGGAAGAAUGACAUGCUAAAUUUUAUAUUCAAUCUCAAUGUACCAACGGAUAGAACAAUAGCUUCAAUUACAGUAAUCUUAGCAUUGGAUUUCCAGUUGAAGGCUACAUGCCCACUACAUAUGCAAUCUUUAGCAGUUAUUCAUGAAAACUUUAUAGUACCACCAUCUGGGCUCAAGUACUAUGGUGACAUUGAAUUAUACCAAGUCUCCCACCUGCCUUGCAUGCGAAACAUGGUUGACACAAAAUAUAAUACCUCAUUACUGAACCACUUUUUGGAUACUAAUGAAAAUAUUGUUGAUUUCAUUCUGGAACAGUACAUUAAUAGAGAAGUCAUCACCCAAACCAAAAAGUUGCACUCAAGAAGUCAAAAUGGCCACACAGGCAAUAUGGAUGUGAACAUGCAUAUCAGGAUUCCAGAAACGAAAAUACGUUAUAUUCCAAGUCUACUCCAAGAAUUAAGAUGGGCUUGGCCGCAAUAUCUCUCAUUAGUAUUUAUAUUUUACUGGAUAUUUAACAAGAUCAAAAGAUUUGUCUUCAACAACCGCUUAUUAAUGGCUUGGGAAAUAAUUCCUUGGAAAAGAGGAUAAAUAAUAAUAUUAUUAUAAAUAAUAUUAGGAGCAAUGAAGUAAUACUUUCCUAUGUAAAUAUAGUCAAUAUUACUUAAUGAACUUUAUACAAUUUCUGAAAUAAUCCGUUUAAAUU